CAAUUACCAUGGAGCUUGCCAUUGCCGCUGCCGGCAGUAGCUUUGUCGUCGCCGGCUUGAGGUGCAGGAUGACAGGUUCUGCUUCUGUCGCAUGGCGAGUGACCUCCACUGCCAGGCUUUGCAGGAGGACGAUGGCAUCCAGGCGUGCUGCCAGGCUGAUGGUAUCUGCAGCAGGUUGCAACACAUGCAAAGGAAAGGGUGCAGUAGAAUGCCCAGGGUGCAAGGGGACCGGCAAGAACAAGAAGAAUGGCAACAUUUUCGAGAAUUGGAAGUGCUUCGACUGCCAAGGAUUUGGGCUCAAGUGCUGCCCCAGCUGUGGCAAAGGAGGCCUCACACCCGAGCAGAGAGGGGAGAGAUGAUACAAGUGCCAGCAGGCAUCCAUGCGUUCAGAUUCAGCCUUGCACAUUCAGACAGUGAAUACUCUACCCUGCUGUCACUUAACUACAAUCUGGCCAAGUCUAUAAUCGUUAUCAACUACUAGUAGUAGCUGUGUCAUUCAUAGCCAGAUCGGAUGAGGAUGAGCAAAUACAAAAUCAGCUUGGUUAAACUGUUUACUGUAAGCUGUAAGCCGCUUGGCAUAUAUUGCAAACCCGCUUGCAGUACAGUAUAUAUGGGUUGCAGUACAGAUGUGCCUUCUUUUGUGAAGUGGUUGAUGGAUGUCA